UUAUGAUUUCCAUCUCUCUACUUCACCUUUCACUCACACACACUCUUUCUCUCUAUCUUCCUCUCUUAUAUUCUCACUCAUAUAUACAUGCAAAAAUAAUGGACAAAAAACCCUGCAACUCAUCUCAAGAUCCUGAAGUGAGAAAAGGACCAUGGACCAUGGAAGAAGACUUGAUUUUGAUCAAUUAUAUUGCAAAUCAUGGAGAAGGUGUUUGGAAUUCCUUGGCCAAAGCUGCUGGUCUUAAACGUACAGGAAAGAGUUGUAGGCUUCGAUGGUUAAACUACCUUCGUCCGGAUGUUAGAAGAGGGAAUAUUACACCUGAGGAGCAACUUUUGAUCAUGGAACUUCAUGCAAAGUGGGGAAAUAGGUGGUCCAAAAUUGCAAAGCAUCUUCCAGGAAGAACCGACAAUGAGAUUAAGAAUUUUUGGAGGACUAGGAUACAAAAGCACAUUAAGCAAGUUGAUAACCCUAAUCAACAAAAUUUUCAGCAAAAAAUGAGUUUAGAGAUAAAUGAUCAUCACCACCAUCAUCAUCAACAACCAAGUAGUAGCCAAGUUUCUACUUUGGUAGAGCCAAUGGAAACUUAUUCUCCAACUUCAUAUCAAGGAACUUUGGAGCCAUUUCCAACUCAUUUUCCAACUAUCAAUGAUCAUCAUCAUAACACAAAUGGUUGUGCCAAUGACAACAAUACCAACACUUAUUGGAGCGUGGAGGAUUUCUGGUCAAUGCAAUUACUCAAUGGAGAUUAAAUUAAUCAAUGGUUAACCAAAUCAUAUCUCUAAAUAAUUAAUAUAUAAAUAAAUAUAAUAAUAUAUAUUUUCAUAAGUGCAAAUAUAUGCCACUUAUAAGCUAGAAUAUUAUAUAUCUAGCUUAAUAACAAAUAUAUAAUUAGGCAUAUGUUCAUAAAUAAGUAGUAGUUUAAUUUGAGUUUGGUGUUAAUUAUGAACUAAGUUAGUUAUGGAUUGUAAUAUAGGUGCAUAAUAUAUACUUUUAUAAGUAUAUUUGCAUGCUUUUUCAUUUAUUUUUAUUAUAAAGUAAAUGAGUUAGUAGGUGGUGAAUUAUUAUGUGAGAUAUGUGUUUGAGAAACCGCAAACUUUGAAGAAAAAACAUGCUAUUAUUUUAGUAAAAUCCUAUAUUAUUAUUCCAA